AUGGCACUCAUCAAAGAACUGGCGACUGCCAUCUUUAAACGGAAUCAUACCUCGCGCUCGCCGGCCUACAGCAAGUUGGAUGACGCCGAAGCCUUGAAGUCCCAGUCUCCACGCCCGAGAACUCGCUUUUCAAGAAGAUUUCGCAUUAUCUCGCCUAAGACUAUGCUUGUCAUUGUUGCUCCGUUAUUACUCUUUCCAGGCCUACUUUUCGUGUCCAACCAGACAGACAUAAUAUCCCAUAUAGGACACGGGAAGGCACAUCUUCCAACAGUGGAGAAGGGCGGCAGCCGACGCUUCCGAAUCGUUGUUCCAGCAGAUAGUCCGUCACCUGACCUCUGCAAGAUGCUGAUGUCGGCCAUCGUGUCUGGGCACCCAAGUCCCGUGAUCGUUAAUUGGGGUCGCGACUUCAAUAAAAGCCCCGGAUGGUUUGGCGGUUCUCAUCUCGGCAAGAUUGAUGGCGCCCUCGACUUCCUCGACAGUAUCACCUCAGACGACUCCCCUGAAGACGAGCGCCUUGGACCCGACGAUCUGGUGAUCAUUGUCGACGCCUACGAUAUAUGGUUUCAGCUUCCACCCUCCAUCUUGAUACGGCGGUAUUUGGCGCAAAACAACGCUGCAAAUGAGCGCAUCUAUAAGGAGUGGGAUGUGUCACGAUCUCAGGUCUCUUCGGAGAUGGGUGAAGUUGGCCGUACGCCCAAGCAAUCUAUCAUCAUAUCCGCUCAGAAAAAAUGUUGGCCUGGUGCCGAUCUCGGUUUUGAUACUCACUGUGACGCACUCCCCGAGUACAGUGCCAAAGUAGAUCUCUAUGGUCCAAAUACGGACAAGGACCCAAAACAAAUGCACGACCUCCGCCCACGUUAUCUGAACAGCGGUAGCAUCGUGGGUCCCGUCAGCGAGAUGCAACAGAUUUGGCGGGCUUCCAAUCGUGGAAAUCAAGCCGAGUGGAUCAAGAACCAGACCGAGCAUCCAGAGGAUGCUACCAGAGAAGCAAGUCAAUUUGAUUUUGGCGUUGGCUUGGAUUACGUUCAAAACCUAUUCACGCCCACUGUCUUUGAGGAAGACGAUGGUUUGUACGUCGUGCUAGGUAACACCUCUGUACUUCAAGAUGCUUCAGCAGAGAGAGGUGUUGAACCACCAAGAGUUUAUGGCAUUCCUGAGGACAUGAACGGAAUGCGCAGUCCUGUUGAGGAAUCUGGUAUCGACCCCCGCAUGGGCUGGAAUGAACUUCCGUUGUACACAGACCUUUGGAGUACCUUCGUCCCGGUGAUGGUCCACCACAAUGCCCAUCGCAAUGGCCUGAAGCAGGAAAGACUACGAGACUGGUGGAAGAACAACUGGUUCUUUCCAUAUCUUCGACAGCUGAUGGACUUGCAACUGCAACCAAGGAAGUCCGGCGAGCCGCUUUUCAGGAUCCCAGAGCGAAAUGGCAUUGAGGACCUCGUCUUCAGAGCACCGGAGGCGGACACUACGAAAAGAAACCCUCGCAUCUUCAAGAAAGAAGAUCUGAAAGACGAAGGCCUACCAGAGGCUUUAUGGGAGAAUCUAUGCAAGUCAGAGGGGCACGAGGAACGGUGGAAGGAAAUUUUCGAUGACGGAAGUGGACCAAUCGUUGAACAGGUCGUAUAG